UCUUUACAAACCCAAGAUUGCGCUGCGGCUGUAGGCUUUUGCUCGUGUCUCUGUUGUGUAUGUAGCCUAUUUUCUCUAGACUUGUCUGAAUAAGGAAAUGUAAUAGGAAUCCAGCACCACCGAGUGUGAGAAGUGACUCGCCCUACAACUUAGGCUACUGUACUUUACUCCGUAAAUUAAAAGUAGCUAUAAACGCACGUAUAAAUGCGUUGAUAUACCUGGACUAUUGCGGAAAGACCAAGGAAGGUGAUAGCCUACAUUUACGCACGGAUUGGGAAUUCUGAUUUUUAACCAUGGGGAAAAGAGCCGCGCUGGCGACUUACGAUAAAGAGUUCAGCUUUGUCAGCCCAGUUGUCAAAUAUCUACUUUUCCUUUUUAACUUAAUAUUUUGGAUGAUCUCAUUGGUGUUGAUGUCUAUUGGCAUUUACGCGAGGAUGAUGAAACAUGCCGAGGCAGCCAUGGCCUGUCUAGCGGUGGACCCUGCCAUCCUGCUGCUGAUCGUGGGGGUGCUCAUGUUCUUCAUCACCUUCUGUGGCUGUGUGGGCUCCCUCAGAGAGAACAUCUGCCUCCUACAGACAUUCUGCAUCUUCCUGACUAUCAUCUUUCUGCUGCAGCUAGCUGCAGGUGUCCUGGGCUUCGUCUUCUCAGAUAAGGCACGGAAUAAAGUGAGUGAGAUUAUCAACAAUGCCAUCGUUCAUUAUAGGGAUGACAUUGACCUACAGAACCUCAUCGAUUUUGGUCAGAAAGAGUUCAGCUGUUGUGGAGGUGUCACCUACACCGACUGGUCUCAGAACAUGUACUUCAACUGCACCACAGACAACCGCAGCCGAGAGCGCUGCUCUGUUCCCUUCUCCUGCUGCCUGCUGUCUAAAGAUGAGGCGGUCAUUAACACAAUGUGUGGUCGGGGGAUGCAGGAGCUGCCAUUCCUGCAGGCUGGUGCCUUCAUCCACACCAAUGGCUGCAUCGACAAGCUGGUCAACUGGAUCCACAGCAACUUGUUCAUGCUAGGGGGCAUCGCCCUGGGUCUGGCUAUCCCACAGCUGGUGGGGAUCCUCUUGUCUCAGAUUCUGAUCAACCAGAUAAAGGACCAGAUUGAGCUUCAGAACUACAACCUGCAGCACCGUACAGACCCUUGGCAGUAACCUGGUCAUGAUUAGGUCCUACCCGAUCAAACUGGACCAGGACUAGAUCAUCAACCUCAGGGUCACCCAGGGGGUGUGGGAGUCUGGAAUUCUACCCCCUUCUGCUGGAUGGGGCUCAAGCUUUCAUGUAGAUGUUGUUCAUUUUCAAGGCUGCUUGAUCAUUUCAAUGGUGCAAGGACUGGCUUUGAGGCCAAAGAUUCUGGUUGGAUGAUCCACCAUUUGACAAGAGUCGAGACGUCGAAGUGGUCUGCUCUCUUUCUGCGUUCUUGAUUCUUAUGCAUGUCUAUUUUUGUUCAGUAUAUAUUCUAACCAACUGAGCUACCAGAACCAAUGGUUUAUUUCCUGAAUGGGUUGAUGUAGCUGAGGAACAAGACCCAUGUGAAAUGGCUGAGAAACCAAGAUUCCGAAAAAGUCCAGAUGCCUGGACAGUGUGUCAAUGUCUGCUUGUUUCGUUUUAGCUCACCCAGUAUCCCGGAUGGUUAGCGUUUUCACUUUAUGACCAAUGGAAUGGUCAAUGUUGAAACUCUGCCCACCCUGUGCCCCAGGGGAGCUAAAAGGAAUGCAUCUAAUCAGGAAGUACUCCAGCCAGACAGCCAAUGGAGAACUCCUCCAUUCACACCUAUUCGUCAUUUGACUCAUCUCAAAUAUGGCACGAUCUGUAAUUUAUUGAAAAGGGAAAAAACCCAGCAACCGGAGUACAAACACUGCUGAAAUAAUGUAGACUCUGUCCAGUUACUUUUUUGUCAAUGCGGUUUACGACAUUGAUCUGUUAUUUAUAUCCAUCCAGUUAUCCCCUAAUACUCUCAUAGGGUUGAGAACAAGACAAUUCUGUCGGCACUUCUCAAAUAUGGAAGAGCAAACCCAAGUAAUGUAAUAAAGCUCAUUAGCUAAUGGUGUUUAUGUUAAAUCUCCCAAAUGUAGUUUGCCAUGCAUGCUAUAACAAGUUUUAGAAACUGGGUAUUUUGAUCGCUGAUUGGCUGAGAGCUGUGGUAUAUCAGACCAUAAACCACGUGUAUGACAAAGCCUUUCUUUUUACUGUGCCAAUUAUGUUGGUAACCAGUUUGUAAUAGCAAUAAGGUACCUCGGGGGAUUGUGGUAUAUGGCCAAUAUACCACGGCUAAGGGCUGUACCUAGGCACUCAGCGUUGCGUCUUGCAUAAGAACAGCCCUUAGCCGUGGUAUAUUGGCGAUAUACCACACCCCCUCGAGCAUUAUUGCUUAAAUAAAUCAUUGCACCUACAGCCUUUACAGUAAAGUGUUACCCAAUUUAUUUCUACACAUUUUAAGGGAUAUUCCAAUUUAGUUUUACAUCAAAUCCAUUCACACAGAGUAAAUUGUUGUCCCCCCCUUUGCCUCCAGAACAGCCUGAAUUCUUCAGGGCAUGGAUUCUACAAGAUGUGGCGUUCAAACGUUGCUCUAUUGGUAUCAAGGGACUUAACGUUUGACAGGAAAACAUUCCCCACACCAUUACACCACCGCCACCAGCAUGUAUCGUUGACACUAGGCAGGA